UACAUAAGGGGGAGAUGAAUGAAUUCCAGAAAAAGAGAACUGGCAAACUCUGAGAAAAGGAGUUUCAAGUAAUUGCUACUUCUUUUUGCUUUGGGAAAUAUUUCACAAAGUGGAGAAAUAUUAGUUGAAGAAUACUCAGCAGUCAAAAAGGUACUGCAAGCCAGGAAUGACCACUCACCCUAUGGUGCUCGACCCAAGCUGCUAGCACAUAGUGCAGAAGAAAGCCAAACUCACUGCCCACUUCCUGGAGAAGAGUCUUGAAGUUCUGGUGGAUCGAGUGAUGGAGAAAAGCAUGGAUGUACUGAAUAUCCCCACAGAGUGUGAGAAAAGCUGGUAUUUAGCUCUCAUGGCACCAAAUGUAAAGGGCUCACACUAUGCCUGGCUUGAUCCAUCCAGACUCUACUGUAACCAACAGGCCUUUAAAGACUGCGUAGAAGACUUGGUCCAGCCUUUCCAGAAUGACACCAUAGACAUCAUAGCUGGGAUUGAUGCCAUGGGCUUUAUUCUAGGAGCAGCUAUAGCUCACCGUCUUGGAAAAGGGUUUUUAACCAUCCGGAAAGAAGGUCACAGUUGCGUAGAAACCAAGAGAAAAAAUUACUCUGACUACACAGGUCAAAAGAAAGUGUUGGAGAUGCGCACUGAUGUGGUUAAAAAAGAUUUAAGAAUCCUAUUGGUGGACCAGUGGAUUGAGACUGGAGGCACGAUGGAAGCUGCAAUUGCACUCGUUGAGGAACAAGGUGGAACUAUAGCAGGCAUUGCAGCAAUCUGCAUCGAGGACAGCAAAGGAGGCAAACGAAUUAAAGAGAAAUAUAAAUGUUCAACCUGUGUCCCUGAUCACUUGCAGCCACAGUUCAAUAAUAAAUAUCUGGAGUCCUUCAAAGCCUUUAAGACAAAGUUUCCAGAUAUGCAAAAUAAAUCAGAGUGAAACAUCA